AUGCGAUUUCGCCUGCCAUCAAGGUCGGAUUUUAUUCCUCCGUUUAGGAUAGGCAUCCGAGCUCAACUAACAGCCCUAGUUAGUAUAGUGGCCUUAGUAUCGCUGACUAUUCUAGCUGUAACGACAGGCGUCUAUUUUACCUCAAAUUAUAAGAAUUUGAGAUCCGAUAGAUUAUAUAUCGCGGCUCAAUUAAAAUCAUCGCAGGUUGAUCAGACUUUGAACUAUCUCUAUUAUCAAGCCUACUAUUUAGCCUCGAGAGAUGCUCUACAAAGCUCCUUGACAAGUUAUGUUGCAGGUAACAAGAGUGAAGAUAACUGGGUGGACUCCCUAAGUGUUGUUCAAAAAUUCCUGAGCUCUUCAAACCUAUUUUAUGUGGCCAGAGUUUACGAUUCCUCAUUUACUACUGUUUUGAACGCUACCAACAACGGAACUGGUGACUUAAUACCCGAGGAUGUUUUAGAUAAUUUGUUCCCAUUAUCCACUGAUAUCCCGCUACCUUCUUCGCUGGAAACUACCGGUAUUUUGACGGAUCCAAUAGUGAAUAACACCGACUACUUGAUGUCGAUGUCUUUACCCAUUUUUGCAAACCCUUCUAUCAUCCUAACAGAUUCUAGAGUUUACGGAUACAUAACUAUAGUAAUGUCUGCUGAAGGCCUGAAAAGUGUCUUCAAUGAUACGACAGCCUUAGAAAAAUCAAACGUUGCUAUAAUUUCUGCAACAUAUAAUGCUCAGGGUAGAGCUUCAGGAUACCACUUUGUCUUUCCGCCGUAUGGGACGCUUCUAAGUAUAACACAAAGGAUUUUCCCUAUAGAAAAUAACACAUUUAUAAGCAGUACAUUUAGGAAUGGUAAGGGAGGGUCCCUGAAAAAAACCAAUAACUUUGGUACAAAGAACUUGGCCCUAGGCUACUCGCCAUGUUCAUUUCAACUGGUUAAUUGGGUCGCGGUAGUUUCACAGCCCGAGUCAGUUUUCCUUUCUCCCGCAACCAAACUAACAAAAAUCAUUGCUGGCACUGUCAUUGCUAUUGGUGUCUUUGUCAUUCUACUAACCCUUCCUCUAACGCAUUGGGCAGUUAAACCAAUUGUGCGAUUACAAAAGGCAACGGAAUUAAUCACAGAGGGAAGAGGUUUGCGACCGAGCACUCCAAGAACAGUAAGUCGGGCCAGUUCAUUCAGAAGAGGAUUUAGUUCGGGUUUCACUGCUCCUUCUUCGUUAUUGCAAUUUAAUACCGGAGAAGCUUGCAGCACCACAAGUGCAAAUGGUCAUGGGAGCAGCGGACAUGGUAGCGGUGUGGCUUUGUCAACUGAAAGUAGCAUGAAAAGUGCUAUAAAUCUUGGUCAUGAAAAAUUGUCACCCUCAGAAGAAGAAAAUAAAAUACCAAAUAAUCAUAACGAUGUCAAAAUAUCAAUGGAUGGCUCUCUGAAUCACGACUUGCUUGCACCAAAUUCUCUAAGAAACAAUGAUACCGACAGGAGCUCCAGUAGAUCACACAUUCUCACCACCUCUGCGAAUUUAACUGAAGCUAGACUCCCAGAUUAUAAAAGGCUGUUUUCUGAUGAACUUUCCGAUUUGACUGAAACUUUCAACACUAUGACGGAUGCAUUAGAUCAACAUUAUGCUCUUUUAGAAGAUAGAGUCAGAGCCAGAACCAAACAACUUGAAGCUGCUAAGAUUGAGGCAGAAGCUGCAAAUGAAGCUAAAACGGUUUUUAUUGCCAACAUCUCGCACGAAUUGAGAACACCUUUGAACGGUAUUCUGGGUAUGACGGCCAUUUCGAUGGAAGAAACUGAUGUUAAUAAAAUAAGGAAUAAUUUAAAACUUAUUUUCAGAUCUGGUGAGCUUCUGCUUCAUAUUUUGACAGAGUUAUUAACCUUUUCUAAAAAUGUGCUCCAAAGAACAAAACUCGAGAGAAGGGACUUUUGCAUCACUGACGUCGCCUUACAAAUAAAAUCAAUUUUUGGUAAAGUCGCUAAGGAUCAGCGUGUUCGUCUUUCAAUAUCGUUGUUUCCUAAUUUGAUAAGAACAAUGGUUCUGUGGGGUGAUUCCAACAGGAUUAUUCAAAUCGUUAUGAAUCUCGUAUCCAACGCCCUAAAGUUCACCCCGGUAGAUGGUACUGUCGAUGUUAGAAUGAAAUUGCUGGGUGAAUAUGAUAAAGAUUCGAGCGAGAAGAGACAAUUUAAAGAAGUACAUGUAAAAAAAGGGACGGAAAUUACUGAUGUCGUUGAAAGCAUAGAUAAACGCGACCUCCCCACAUCAUUGGGCCGGAGAAAAUAUGUUAAUCUGGAAUCUACGACCGCUUCCAUAACAAGUUGCAGAGAUAAUUCUGCAAUUCAGGAAGAGAUAACCAAAAGAAAUACGGCCGCAAAUGAAAAUAUUUACAAAAAAGCGAACGACAGAGAAAAAUCAUCGAAUGACGAUGUUUCUUCAAUAGUAUCGACAACUACUAGCUCAUAUGAUGAUGCAAUUUUUAAUAGUCAGUUCAACAAAGCCCUUGAUUCUGAUUCCGAUGAAAGUGGUAACGUAGGAAGACCAAUAGAAAACCCCAAAACGUGGGUUAUUUCCAUAGAAGUUGAAGAUACCGGUCCAGGUAUCGAGCCUUCGUUACAGGAAUCUGUAUUUCAGCCAUUUGUUCAAGGCGAUCAAACCUUGUCCAGACAAUAUGGUGGUACUGGAUUAGGUUUAUCAAUUUGUAGACAACUAGCAAAUAUGAUGCACGGAACAAUGAAAUUAGAGUCUCAAGUUGGCGUUGGUAGCAAAUUUACGUUCACCUUACCAUUACAUCAAACUAAAGAAAUUAGUUUUGCAAAUAUAGAGUUUCCCUUUGAAGAUGAGUUUAAUCCUGAAAGUAAGAAGAACAGAAGAGUUAAAUUCAGCGUUGCCAAAAGUAUCAAGAGCCGACAAUCUACAUCAUCCCUCACAACACCUGUUACAAAUUCAAAUACUUUGGCAAACGAUGUACUAAUAGAAGCAAGAAGUAGCGACGAGGAAGAAGUAGAAAAAACCAAAAACUUCAUCAAGAGAAAAGAAGGGGAGAAUGAAAAUGGCAAAGCCCAGCAACAGCCGCAAGAGAAAAAUACGAAACAUUCAGUAUCCUUUUCAAGUGCUGAAAGGAGCUCACAGAAGACUGUAUCUUCUAAGCGUCGUUCUCAGGAGGAAAACUUAGGCUCUGUAAAUAUAGAUAGACCAUUUCUACAAAGUACUGGAACUGCUACAUCCAGUAGAAAUGUACCCACAGUUCAAGGCGGUGAUAAAGAUGGCACUAGUAUCAAGAUUUUGGUCGUGGAGGAUAAUCACGUGAAUCAGGAAGUUAUAAGGAGAAUGUUAAACCUGGAAGGUAUUGACAAUAUUGAACUGGCAUGCGAUGGCCAAGAAGCAUUUGAUAAAGUUAAAGAACUAACAUCGAAGGGCGAGAAUUAUAAUAUGAUUUUCAUGGAUGUCCAAAUGCCCAAGGUAGAUGGACUGCUUUCUACCAAGAUGAUAAGGCGUGACUUGGGUUAUAAAUCUCCCAUUGUUGCUCUGACCGCGUUUGCCGAUGAUAGUAACAUCAAAGAAUGCUUAGAAUCAGGCAUGAACGGAUUUUUGUCGAAACCAAUCAAAAGACCAAAAUUGAAUACCAUCCUUUCCGAAUUUUGUGCAGCUUAUCAGGGAAAGAAGAAUAAAAAGUGA